GAGAUUGCGCACGCGCGGGCGGGCGCGCCGGUGGAGGAUCCGGGCGGUUUAGCUCCUGCUACCCCCAGUCCGUGUCUCCGCUGCUCAGCGUCGUUUCCUCUGCUGAUCUCCUGGGACUUGCCUUGUGCCUUCCGAUUGCUGUAAUUGCAUCGUUAUCUUUCUUACGGGCUAGUCUAGUGACACCGAGAGAUUCUGAGCACUCCAGGAGCUGCAGAAGGACCUAUGGGGCUGGACAUUUAUGGAGUGCUGGAGGCCUGUCUGCAUGUGGAGUGUUGACCAGUAUCCCCGAUCCCCCAUACUAGAUGCCUGAAGUGUCUCUUCUUGCCCCAUACACGGUGACCUCGUGAUCUCUCUAGACAUCGCCAGCAAUUGUGGGCCACAGGGAUCAUGGCAGGAAGGGUGAAGUGGGUCACUGACAUCGAGAAGUCGGUGCUAAUCAACAACUUCGAGAAGAGGGGCUGGAUUCAAGUGACAGAAAACGAAGACUGGAAUUUUUACUGGAUGAGUGUGCAGACCAUUCGCAAUGUGUUCAGCGUAGAAACCGGGUACCGGCUCUCGGAUGACCAGAUCGUCAACCAUUUUCCCAACCACUACGAGCUCACCCGCAAGGACCUGAUGGUGAAGAACAUUAAGAGAUACAGGAAGGAACUGGAGAAGGAAGGAAGUCCCCUGGCAGAGAAAGACGAGAAUGGGAAAUACCUCUAUCUGGACUUUGUCCCGGUCACCUACAUGCUCCCCGCUGACUACAACCUGUUUGUGGAAGAGUUCCGGAAGAGCCCAUCCAGCACCUGGAUCAUGAAGCCAUGCGGCAAAGCCCAGGGAAAGGGUAUCUUCCUCAUCAACAAGCUCUCACAGAUCAAAAAGUGGUCCCGGGACAGCAAGACAUCCUCGUUCGUGUCCCAGUCCACAAAAGAAGCGUACGUGAUCUCACUCUAUAUCAAUAACCCGCUGCUCAUCGGUGGGAGGAAGUUUGACCUUCGUCUGUAUGUCCUGGUGUCCACCUACCGCCCGCUGCGCUGCUACAUGUACAAGCUUGGGUUCUGCCGCUUCUGCACAGUGAAGUACACUCCAAGCACGAGUGAACUCGACAACAUGUUCGUCCACCUUACCAACGUAGCCAUCCAGAAGCACGGGGAAGACUACAACCACAUCCAUGGUGGCAAGUGGACUGUCAACAACCUGCGUCUCUACCUGGAGAGCACCCGAGGUCGAGAGGUGACCAGCAAGCUGUUUGAUGAAAUCCACUGGAUCAUUGUGCAGUCUCUCAAGGCCGUGGCGCCAGUGAUGAACAACGACAAGCACUGCUUUGAAUGCUACGGCUAUGACAUCAUCAUCGACGACAAGCUGAAGCCCUGGCUGAUCGAGGUUAAUGCGUCCCCAUCUCUUACCUCCAGCACUGCCAACGAUCGAAUCCUUAAGUACAACCUGAUUAACGACACCCUCAACAUUGCGGUCCCCAACGGCGAGAUUCCAGACUGCAAAUGGAACAAGUCUCCCCCCAAGGAAGUGCUUGGCAACUAUGAGAUCCUGUAUGACGAGGAGCUGGCCCAGGGUGAUGGAGCUGAACGAGAGCUUAGAAACCGCCCAGGCCAGCCAGUGGGGCCCAGAGCAGGCCGCUCAAGAGACUCAGGAAGAAAUGUCCUCACGACCUGGAAGUGAGCAGCAGUGACAAGAAGGACCCCAGCUUGGACCUUCCCACAGUUGCUCCACCCAGAUCCUGCUAAACACAUGUUUUGGACUUUCCUUUUUCUAGAGUGCUUUCCUGAGCAAACCUUGUAAAUAAAGACUCAAUGCAAGGUGGAAGAGUCCAUGUCACCAGGGCUACGCACUCACGCGUGUGUGUGCACAGACACACUCGCACAAGCUCAUGAAAAGGACAGCUUCAGUGUGUGAUGGAACUUCCUUUUGUAAAGAUUUAUUUUAUUAUUUUUUGAGAUAGGUAGCCCUGACUAGCUUGGAUCUUGCCAUGUAGACCAGGCUGGCCUAGAACUCACAGAGAUCUACCUGCCUCUGCCUCCCAAGUGCUGGGAUUAAAGGCAUGUGCCACCACA